AUGAGACUGAAGCAGCCAGUGGACGUGGUGGUGGUGGUGUAUGUGCUGAGACUGAAGCAGCUGGUGGACGUGGUGGUGGUGGUGUAUAGAGACAGGAAGAGGAGGGUGAAGGUAUAUUUGAAAACCGACCAACUACAACGACCAGCAUCUCACAGCAGACAGAGGUGUGUGUUGGUGUCGGGCGAGCUGCAGUGUGGGGAGCAGACUCUACUGAAGAGGAGAGCUGAGCUCAGAGAGGCUGACAGACUUCUGCUGGAGGCACAGAGCUGCUUACACAACUCUACACACAAGGUGGAGCAGCAGGAGCAGAGACUGGUCAAAAGGCGAGUGGAGGAGCGAGCUGCAUUGGAAAAACUAGAGGACGUCACAGAGGAGGCGCAGCAAAUUCAGAACAGAGUCAAGGAGCUGUGCGUGCUGCUUAGUGAGAGGAGGUGUGUAUUAUUCAGUCUGAGAGGGGAGGAGCACAGACUGGGGGCGCUGCAGUCCGACCCAACUUCAGACGGAACAGAGCUUAAACAAGUGUUGCAGCAAGUACUGGAGGAGCAGCAGAGGUUGAAGGGAGUGAAAACCGAACUAACUCAGAGUCAGCAGCAGCUCCACAGGAAGCAGAAACAACUGGACAGGAAGCAGGAACAACUGGACAGGAAGCAGGAAGAACUGCAGAGGAAACAAGGAAUGAUGGACAGCAAGUAG